AUGCCUAAGCAAAUCAAGGAAAUCAAGGAGUUUCUCCUGACUUGCAAGCGCAAGGAUGCUCAGUCUGUCAAGGUCAAGAAGACAGGAUCUCAGCACAAGUUCAAGGUUCGCUGCUCAAAGUACCUGUACACUCUUGUUGUAACUGAUGCUGAAAAGGCCGAGAAGCUCAAGCAAUCUCUUCCUCCUACUCUCCAGCGUAUUGAGGUUGCGUAG